CAGUAUCACAUGCAGAGGAGUGCCGUCGAUCUUAGAAUCACCGCACACUUCACUCAUUUGGGCAGUCACGGGGCCAAAACCAGAGGGUGGAGCCACAGUGUGGCGGUGGAGGCAGCAGCAAUGGGAGGCCAUACAGCACCCUAUGACAAAAUGGAACCCACCAGCAGUGUGAGGAGACCUGAAAGUGGCACAUGGCAGAGUGUGGUGAUGGAGACAGCAGCAAUGGGAGGCCGUACAGGGACCCAUGACACACUCUGGACCUGGCAGCAGCAUGAGGAGGCGGUACAGGGGCCCAUGACAGAUUACGGGCCUGGCAGCAGCAAUGGGAGGCCCGUAAUCUGCCAGCACCCUAUGACAAAAUGGAACCCACCAGCAGUGUGAGGAGACCUGAAAGUGGCACAU